AUGGUUAAGCAAGCCUUCAAUGAUGAUGAUUUCAAGAGUAAGGCUAAAGAGGCCUAUCAAUCUUUUGGCAGUGGAGGUAAUAAGAAUGAUUCAAACUCUGGAAACAGCAAUUCGUACGGAAAUGAUGAGACCUACGGAACUAGCUUGAACGAUAAAGAGAGAGCUACCAACAACGAUUCCUACAGUAACCGUAAUGACAAUUCCUACGGAGGCAGCUUAAACGAUAACGAGAGAACCAACAAUAACGAUUCGUACAGUACCCGUAAUGACAAUUCCUACGGAACUAGCUUGAACGAUAAAGAGAGAGCCAACAAUAACGAAUCAUACAGUACCCGUAAUGACAACUCAUACGGAAAUGAAUCUAACGAUAACGAGAGAACCAACAAUAACGAUUCAUACAGUACCCGUAAUGACAACUCAUACGGAAAUGAAUCUAACGAUAACGAGAGAACCAACAAUAACGAUUCAUACAGUACCCGUAAUGACAAUUCCUACGGAAGCAGCUCAAAUGAUAAUGCAAGAUCUAACAACAACGAUUCAUACAGUACCCGUAAUGACAACUCAUACGGAAACGAAUCCAAUGAUAAUGCGAGAUCUAGCAACAACGAUUCUUACAGCAACCGUAAUGACAAUACAUAUGGUAGCAAUAUGAAUGAUAGUGCAAGAUCUAACAACAAUGAUUCUUACAGCAACCGUAAUGACAAUACAUAUGGUAGCAAUAUGAAUGAUAGUGCAAGAUCUAACAACAAUGACUCCUAUAGUAACCGUAAUGACUAG